CAGCAGGUCUUGUGUUGGGUGACAAGAUCGACCUCUCUGAUGCUGCACAACGUGUUUCGCAUCAUUGGCCUCGGCCUGACCGUCUACUCAUUUCUCCCUCAACUGCAGCUCAUCCAUUCCAGCAAGGACACCUCAGGCCUGUCGCUCUUUUCCGUCGUCCUCAACACCAUCUGCGCUACGGAACAGUUCCUCAUCGGCCUGAUCUACAUAAGCCUUCCCCAUGGCGCAGACUUCUUCAUCGAAAACCCCAAGUCCUGGGGCGACUGGCUGAACUUUUGCCAACUCGCCACUGUCUGGGUGCUUUUUGUUCUCCAAUUUGGCAUGUGUCUCUGGUAUCCAUCGCCGGGACUAUCCCGCAGACGAAAGAUCUACGCGGCAACUCUCUACGGCAUCUUCCUCGCCAUCUCCCUCGCACCAGGGGCGUUGCUCAUCGUGUUGCUCUACCAAGACCCAGACGCCGAUCUCACGCACGCGAUCUUCAGCGGCUGCCAUCUUCUGUACGUCAACCCGGCGGUGCCGUGGCUAGGUCUGGGGUCGGUUCUGUGUCAGGUGGUCACCUUGAUUCGCUCAGGGCCCCAGCACCAAAGUGGCAUCAGUGUGCGGGGGCUGGGUGCUCAGGCGGCUGUGUUUCUGCUGCUCGCGGGGACCUGGCCAUUUCGGGUCACCUGUCCACCUUUCCCAGAAGACUAUCCGCUGUCCUGGCCGUUGGUCUAUGCCUGGUUCCUGUGGGUGGGGUGGCCGGCGGUGGACAGUCUGAUUUUCGCGGUCGGACAGGGGCUUUUGUUCUUGCUGGCGGCGCGGAGACGUGCUGUUGUCGGCACUUUGGAGGCUGUCGCAGGGGAAACUGAGCCUUUAUUGGCGAGCAGGUAGUAAGGAAGUCUUUUUGUGUCGAGGACAGUACGAUAUGCAGGCCACCAGGCUAAGAAGGGUUCCACCAGAUUUGCACCGGGUACCGCAAUCUUGGGUCGGUUGUUCUUGGGCAAAUCCACCCCUUCCCUGGCUGAAUUAAGCUUGGACGCCAA